AUGACGGCCACAGCUGCAGUGGAGACACCAAAAAUGGAGAAGAGCGCCUCCAAGGAAGAAAAGCAGCAGCCUAAGCAGGACAGCACGGAGCAGGGCAAUGCAGAUUCUGAAGAGUGGGUGAGCUCUGAGAGUGACCUCGAACAGAUGAGCCUUAAGGGCAGCAACAACAACAGCUGCCAACCCAGAGAUGGGCAAUCGAAGAGAAAGGAGAUGCCCUCCAAGCCACACCGCCAACUCUGCCGAUCACCCUGCCUGGAUCGCCCAAGCUUCUCCCAGAGUAGCAUUUUACAGGAUGGCAAGCUCGACUUGGAGAAAGAAUACCAAGCCAAGAUGGAUUUCGCUCUAAAGCUGGGCUAUGCAGAGGAACAGAUUCAAUCAGUGUUGCACAAGCUGGGCCCAGAAUCACUUAUUAAUGAUGUAUUGGCAGAGCUUGUCAGACUUGGCAACAAAGGUGAUUCAGAAGGGCAGGUCAACCUGACUCUGUUAGUGCCUCGUGGGCCCAGCUCCAGAGAAAUUGCAAGCCCUGAAUUAUCUCUUGAAGAUGAAAUAGACAGCAGUGAUAAUUUGAGGCCAAUUGUCAUUGAUGGAAGCAAUGUGGCAAUGAGCCAUGGAAAUAAAGAAGAAUUCUCCUGCCGAGGAAUACAGCUUGCUGUGGACUGGUUUCUAGAUAAAGGCCAUAAAGAUAUUACUGUAUUUGUGCCCGCGUGGAGAAAGGAGCAGUCCCGCCCUGAUGCACCAAUUACAGAUCAAGAUAUUCUACGUAAGCUGGAAAAGGAAAAGAUUCUUGUCUUCACACCAUCGCGAAGAGUCCAAGGCAGGAGGGUUGUCUGCUAUGAUGACCGGUUCAUAGUCAAACUGGCUUUUGAUUCUGAUGGCAUCAUUGUAUCCAACGAUAACUACCGAGACCUUCAAGUUGAAAAGCCGGAAUGGAAGAAGUUCAUUGAGGAGCGGUUGCUGAUGUAUUCUUUUGUGAAUGACAAAUUUAUGCCUCCAGAUGAUCCUUUAGGACGCCAUGGCCCAAGCCUUGAAAAUUUCCUAAGAAAGAGACCUGUCGUUCCUGAGCAUAAGAAGCAACCGUGUCCUUAUGGCAAAAAAUGCACCUACGGCCACAAGUGCAAAUACUACCACCCGGAGCGGGCCAACCAACCGCAGCGUUCGGUGGCUGAUGAGCUCCGCAUCAGUGCCAAACUGUCCACAGUGAAAACCAUGAGCGAAGGCACCCUGGCCAAGUGUGGCACAGGGAUGUCUAGUGCCAAAGGUGAGAUAACCUCAGAGGUCAAACGGGUGGCCCCCAAGCGCCAAUCCGAUCCCAGCAUCCGGUCCGUGGCUGUGGAGCCUGAGGAAUGGCUGUCCAUUGCCCGUAAGCCUGAGGCCAGCUCUGUCCCCUCGCUUGUGACUGCCCUAAGUGUCCCCACAAUCCCACCCCCCAAAAGCCAUGCAGUGGGUGCACUCAACACCCGUUCGGCCAGCAGCCCAGUGCCAGGAUCCUCCCAUUUCCCGCACCAGAAGGCCUCGUUGGAGCACAUGGCCAGCAUGCAGUAUCCCCCGAUUCUUGUUACCAACAGCCAUGGGACCCCUAUUAGCUAUGCUGAGCAAUAUCCAAAGUUUGAGUCCAUGGGGGACCAUGGCUACUAUUCAAUGUUAGGCGACUUCUCCAAGUUAAACAUCAACAGCCUGCAUAAUCGAGAGUACUACAUGGCUGAAGCAGAUCGGGGGGUGUAUGCCCGGAAUCCCAACCUCUGUCCUGAUAGCCGCAUGAGCCAUACCAGGAACGACAACUAUUCCUCCUACAACAACCUGUAUUUGGCUGUAGCUGAUGCCCAUUCUGAAGGCAGUUUGAAGUUGCACCGCUCGGCAUCUCAGAACCGUCUUCAGCCUUUUCCUCAUGGUUACCAUGAAGCCUUAACGCGAGUGCAAAGCUACGGCCCAGAGGAUUCUAAGCAGGCCCCUCACAAGCAGUCAGUCCCCCACUUAGCUCUGCAUGCCCAGCACCCAGCAACUGGGGCACGCUCCAGCUGUCCUGGAGACUACUCCAUGCCUCCCAAUAUCCAUCCCGGGGCAACUCCCCAGCCAGGCCGUGCCCUGGUGAUGACACGGAUGGACAGCAUUUCUGACUCCCGCCUCUAUGAGAGCAACCCCAUGAGGCAAAGACGACCUCCUCUGUGCCGGGAACAGCACGCCAGCUGGGACCCACUGCCCUGUGCAGCUGACUCCUAUGCCUACCACUCCUAUCCCUUGAGUAACAGCCUCAUGCAACCAUGUUACGAGCCAGUCAUGGUACGGAGCGUGCCCGAAAAGAUGGAGCAGCUUUGGAGGAAUCCUUGGGUGGGAAUGUGCAAUGAUUCCAGGGAGCAUAUGAUCCCAGAGCACCAGUAUCAGACCUAUAAGAACCUCUGCAAUAUUUUCCCUUCCAACAUUGUUCUUGCAGUGAUGGAGAAGAAUCCCCACACAGCAGAUGCCCAGCAACUGGCAGCCUUGAUUGUUGCUAAGCUUAGGGCUGCACGUUGA